AUGAAGCUCGCGAGCGCCUCCCUCCUCCUCGCCCGCUGCAUCAUCGGUGAGCGCGCCGGCGACCUACCCGAAUGCCAGGGGUCCGUCACUGGCACUUUGCAGGCCGACUGCGAAGAUGUCCCACUCGACAAGUGCACACAGUACUACACUCACAUCACAACUGGCACGGCUCGAGUGAUGCAAUGUGGCGAGAGCGGCGGGAAAUGCCUGGCGAGGGGCCCCGAAUGUGUUAUUCCCAAGGUUGACGAUGGCUUCAAGGAAGGAAGCAACUAUGUCGUCACGAAGGUAAGCAAGAGGGGAUAUGAGUACUUCGGCAGUACUGGCGACCAGGGCGGGCCUUGCGUCGGAGCGGAUGGCAACCGACCCUUUAUGUGCUUUCCCAAGGCAGACAACGGCUUCUGCAAGAAUGAUCGCUGCUCGGGUGAAACGGAAGGUUGCAUGGACUUGUGCGACUCCAUUCCCUCGUGCCGUGGGUUCUCUCAGCAUUAUGGAGGCUGCUAUGUUCACAUCGAUCCAAAGGACAAGGAUGCGAAGAUCGCAGAUGGCACAUUUGAGAAAUGCCCUUGGGGACGUGCAGAGUCGUGGCCGCCGGUUUGCACGAAUAGAGAUGACAAGUGGUGUGGGAACACUGAGCCCACCAACAAUUGUCUCAUCAAAAAAUGGACAGCCUCCGCCCCUCCAAUUCCGUCCGGCUACACAUCCAGCAGCACAUAUGCUGCCACAAAGACCAGCACAAGCGGAAAUCAUUACUUCGGCAGUACUGGCGACCAGGGCGGGCCUUGCGUCGGUGCGGAUGGCAAGCGACCCAUGAUGUGCUUUCCCAAGGCAGGCAACGGAUUCUGCAAGAAUGAUCGUUGCUCGGGUGAAACGGAAGGUUGCAUGGACUUGUGCGACUCCAUUCCCUCGUGCCGUGGCUUCACUCAGCAUUAUGGAGGCUGCUAUGUUCACAUCGACCCAAAGGACAAGGACGCGAAGAUUGCAGAUGGCACGUUUGAGAAAUGCCCUUGGGGAUCUGCAGCGUCGUGGCCGCCGGUUUGCACAAAUAGAGAUGACAAGUGGUGCGGCAACACCGAGCCAACCAACAAUUGUCUCAUCAAGAAAGAGGGUCGCUGA